AUGGCGCCGAGGAAAGGGUUUUCGACCUUCUCUCGCGUGGUCAGUGAGGGAUUAAGCGAUCAGAGUUACUGGUACGUGCUCACAACUGAAAUUUGUGGAAUAAUUCCCUUACAAUAUUUAAAGCGAUCGCCGAUCGUGAAAACUUUUCCUGAAGAUUUCUGCAGAGUUGAAAGCGGCAAACUUCGGCUUCUUGAUGGGCGCCCUUUCGUCAACAAGAAAAGUUCAAGUGCAUUCGAAGUUGUUUGCUCGUCUUUUGGGCUUGUAUCGGCUAUUCUGAGGAAGAAAACAAGUUCUGAAGAACGAGGAUCCGCCGCGAUUUAUAAAGUGAAAGAAUUUCUGAAUGGCUUGGAUUUUAGUUCCCUUAAAGGAGACGGCGAUGAAGUGAAUUGCGAGCGACCACGUGCAGCUCGGCGCCUUUCAAUGCCUCCUCAAUUCAACACUCCUAAGACGAAAGAAACGCCUGUCCCGGUUCAUUUCACUCCUCCAAGCAGUGGCAGUCUUAGUUCCCCAAAUCUUAAGGAGAUUUGUGAAAGAAAUGAUUUGGAGACCCCAGAAAAGACUUUCCUUAUUAAAAAGAGGGGGAGCCGCGUUCUCCAAGAUGUACAAGGCAUCUGUGAAAGGAGCCGGGAAAAUUUGUCAACGGUGCUUUCCAGCAUGUGCGCUUUUGGUGAUCCUGAGGCGAAAGCUAUCGUAAAUGAGAUUGUGGAGGAUGUGGCCCUGAAGAAAGGAGUUAAAAGGACGGUGGAAGAGCUUGUUGGUGAUGAAACGUUUUCUUUAUACGUGGAAAGCCUGCGAGUUCCAGAUUGGGUGUUACUGUAUUUCAAGACCAAGGCAAGGAUAUCUGGUAAUACUUGGCAAGCCGUAAUCAAUAUCACCAAACUUGGAAGGACAGGGGUAAGGUUUAUUCUUAGUAAUCAAUGUUACAAGGCUAAAUGUUUUGCCUACUUUAUGGCGACCGCUAUCACAAAUCAAUAACCAGCCUCAAGGGAAGUUCCUAACAGUCACAUUCGCUCUUUUCAAAAGCCUUUUUUUUUUUGGCAAAUUGUCAUUAUUUGCUUGAAGUUUAGUCGCUCAUGAAAAUUUCCGUUUUUAAGAUACAGUAGGAUCGGUGGUAAAAGGCUUUAAAAGUUUUAGAAUUUUGGCUUCUCUGCCUCUAAGAUGUAGAAAGACCAUUGACACCGAAAACUGCCCUGAAGAGUUUUUGAGACUGAGAAAUUGUUGCCAGCUUAGCAUGGCGUCUAUCAUUAAUUUCAAGGGUGGAGGGGCAGCAUUGCAUAGUGUUGAUCUCUCAGAAGGGCUCCUUCUUUUGUAAAGGACAUGUCUGCACUCAGAUUUAUCCCAACUUGGAAGCAGUGCUAUAGUAACAAAUUAAAUGCUUGAAAGUGAUUCAAGAAGUGAAAGUCUUAUUAUUAUUUAUUUAUUACAAUGAUAACGGCUGAUUUUUUAACCCUCAGUUAUCAAUGUGUUUUCCAUGUUAAUUUUGUUGUUUUUAAUUUUUGUUUUGCUUUCUUUCUUUGGUAUCCAUUUUAGAAAUCCUCUGACACACCAAUAUUGUUAAAUCUUAAUCAAAUGAAGGCUGCCAAAAAAGUGAUCUUUGGAGUUUGUAAAGAAUAUAUGGAUAUGAAAAAGGUGCCAACUCCUUUACAAGGUUAUCAGGUGGAUUUGUAUCCUGUUUUGGAGCUGAUUGUUCGUGAGCAAAGGCUGCAUAAGGUGUGCUCACCAACUCUCAAACUUCUGAUCAAGAUAGAUGGAAGACCCUUUUGUGGUAAAUACAGACUGUCAGGUUUAAGUAUGCUGUUAUAAACUAUAGAACAAUACCUUAUCUCAGAGUAAAUGUGUAGCUGUGUAUAAUUUUGGUCCCAUGAAUGUGAAUGAAAUAAUAACUGUUUCUAUUAUUAUUUUUUUAUGAUCAGGUAGAAAUCAGGUGUUGGUAGGUCUGGUUGCCCGUCUUAAUCCUGUAUACAGCAUACAGAGUGCAAAGUCUGUUUACCCGCUGGCCAUUGCCAAUUGCAAAGAAAACAGGUUCAUCAUCAAUUUCUAUUCUAUGUUACCAAAAUACUUUUUCUCCUUUGCUUGGCAUGGUUAUGAACUGUUUACCACCCACAGUAUAGACACUUUUCCAUUUAAGCUUUCCUUACUGAAAGCCUGUAGUUUUGUAGACUAUAUAUGACAGUUUUCAUUGUUGUAAUGUUGGCUUUCCAGUGGCUCCAAGAUCUGACAAAUGUAACAACCACACACACAACAAAAAAAUACCCACACAUAAUUAGACAGAAAGAAAAAAAAAACUACAAACCCUUUUGCAAUAUAAGAACCUUACCCCAACACAAGCUCAAUAAAUAAUAAGUUUCAUUGACUGUCUUUAUGCCUAAUGUUAUUUUGAUAGGGAAAGCCUGAAGGUACUUUUAAAGGAUGUAAAUGAGCAAAAGAGAAUUAUCAAGAACCAAGGAAUUUUUGUUGAUGGCAUCAAGUUCAAUGUAGAAUUUGAUGGUAAGAUGUUUCUGCCAGUUUAUCGCAUAAAGGUUGUUUGCAAGAACAACCCUGAUCUUUUAAUGGAGGGGGGGAUGCUGACUUUCUUUUUUUGAAACGUGAGGGUUUUUUUUCCAUUAUCAGUGUAGCUGACCAAUAUUUUAAACAAUAAGUUAUUUUUCUACAUGUAUGUCAUCAUAAUUCUUUAUUAUUGUUGUUUUUUGUCAUAUCUUAGUUUCAUUGGACUACAAAACACUGAUCCUUCUUUUGGUAAAGAAAGGGGAUCUUGAUUUUCAACUUGGUGGUCGAGGGGUAAAUGUGGAAUUUUGCUUUAUAUGCAAUGCAAUCAGGGUAAGUAUUUGUGUUGGUGUACAUGUGGAUGUAUAAGCAUUUUUUUAGUUGUUGAAGUUCAUCAGUUGCAAUACACAAGCAGCAGUCUUCACUAACAAUGCAACCACAAAAUUUUGUAAGAUAAUAUUAAUUUAAUUUGAGAUAAUUCCAUUCCCCAUUAGGGUUGCAAAUGUCAUGAUGUAGCCCCAGAUGAAACCUGCCUGGAAUGCCUACGAAGCAAGUGUAACAUAGGCAGGUAUAUUUUUAGUUUAGCCUUUCAUGAUCAUUACUUAAUGAACAGGCUUACUUAGGAAGUGCUUGUGGCCUUUUGGGUAUCAGAGUUGAUGCAUUGGUGAGAGCAGCCACCUUCCACCAAUCUGGAUCUGUUCCUAAACAAAGCACAGUAUGAUUUGUUGGCUCUCUAAUCUCCUCUGAGAGAUUUUUUAUCCAGGCACUCUAGUUUUUCCCUUUAAUGGAAAACCAACAUUUGACUUCAUUGAUUUUGGGUUGUCUCUUUUAGUUUAAUUAUUAGUCAAGAACACUUGUGCUUGGCUAAAUACCCUUGAGACUUAAAUAAAAUCAUCAUUGUCAUUUUUAUUUAACAUUGUUUCUUGAGUUUUAAGAUUCAUUGAGUUAUUCCCAUUUAUUUAUUGCCAUGGUCUUCAUGAGGCUAUUAAUUUUUUAUUUAUAAAUACAUUGUAAAUGCAUCAUUGUUAUUCAUAUAUUUGCAGAUCAACUGGAAUUCGGGAUGAUCUCCUUUUUCUCCUUGAUGAAGAGCUUACUAGCAUUCAGUUGUGUGCUCUCCAUAUGGAGAUGCGCAAUACAGAGCAGUUGCUUGCGUCCAUUGGUCUGAUUGCCUACAAGAUUGGUUCACUUCCAGAAGCCAAUCAAGCCCUGAAGUGCUUUGGCCCAGAGUCUUUUCAUGGUGAUAGAAUUUCUGUUAAGAAGAAGAGUGGUCAGGAGUCUGCCAUUUCAAAGCAGAACAUUCAUGUGAGCUCUAUGUCAGGUGCGUGAGUGGUUGAAUUACUGGCUUUGUGUGUAUUUUAAAAUUGAUUUGCUUUGUGGGUAUCUAUUAUUUUUCUCAUUGUGAUAAACACAUUUCAGGUCCAACAGAAUUUGAAAUUCUUCAAAACCUUGAAGAGAUUGUGGGACUCUCCCUUCCACUGGACAAGUUAAAGCUCUCCUACAUGGAUGUAAACACUGCCAAGAAUUUCAUUCUUAACCGUGUUACAUUUUGUCAGUCCCGUAUUGAUGUAAGUCUUUGAUAGCAGAUGUGGCAUUGGCAAGUACCUUCACUUGUGGUUCAACAGUUCAAGUUUAUUGUUCUUUAAGUUUAGAGGUGUGGUUUAUGUUGUGCAGCGCCCAGAUGUUUCGUCGGAGAGCGCUAUCAAAAUGGGCACCAUUUGUAAGUACUUGCUUCCUUUUCAAUUUCACACUAUGCACUAGUUACCUUUCCUAGGAGAUCCAUGAACUUAGAGUUUCUUUCUUGCAAAAGUUCUUUCAAAGAUCUUAUUUAGUAGGCUGUACUUUAAGUUGGCACACCCAAAAGUGCAGUAUAACCCAGCAUUUUUGUAUUUUUACAUUCUUUCAAUGAUCUUAUCUAGUAGGCUGUACUUUAAGGUGGCACACCCAAAAGUGCAGUAUAACCCAGCAUUUUUGUAUUUUUACACUCUUUCAAUGAUCUUAUUUAGUAGGCUGGACUUUAAGGUGGUACACUCAAAAGUACAGUAUAAACCAAGCAUUUUUGUAUUUUUACACUCUUUCAAUGAUCUUAUUUAGUAGGCUGGACUUUAAGGUGGCACACCCAAAAGUGCAGUAUAACCUAGAGAUUCUUCUUUUAGUUGCUUGUGUUUAUAUAAGAAUUAUUGUGCUGUAACGGGUUGUUUUGACACCCUUUUAUCCUGUGUACAAUUUCGUAUGGAUGUUGGCACAUGCUCAUAACAGCAAUAUACAGUUGUUGUACAGUUAAAAAAGUGGUUGCUUGUUCUGUUUUUUGUAUGUAGUAUUUUGUUGAUGCCUUGAGGAAGCACAAGUUUCUUCGAGACUUUGGAACUCACACUGAGAUGAUUGAUUUAGAAGGCUCAGGUUUGUUUUUUAAACUUGUUUCCUGUGGCUCUAUUUUGUAUAGAAUUUGGCUCUUUUGCUGGGGAGAAAAUCAAUAGCUGUUAAUGACAAUUAUUAAAUGUUCACUGAAUGUAUUGUAAAUGUACUAGUUAAACACCUAACACCUUUAUGCCACAGUCUUUAUGAUUGUUUGUUUAUUUUUUCUUUUAUAGCUGUGAAAAUCAAUAUGGAAGAUCGCCUUGGAGCAUGGCAAAAAGAGUUAGCUGAGUUAUCUGACAAUUUUAAAAUGCUGUGCCGCUCACAACAAAAUACUGUUGGUAUAGAAAGUAGUGAGGUUGUAGAGUAUGUUGCAAAGAAGCAUCUGGAAAUGUUGACAAGGGUAAAUUAGUGGUGAUUUAAAAAUUCUCCAACUGCUUUGUUAAUUAGCAUGCUUUUAAGGAAUAAUUAUUGUGUUUCUGACACCAGGUCUUUUACCAAGUUAUUCAUUUCAUGUAUUUAGGUUUGUAGAGAAUGGAAGGAAAUCGCACAGGUGACGAGAUCAAGAAUAUUUGAUGAUACAGAGCAAGGAGAAAUAGAUCUUUUUGAUGUCAAGGUCUAAUAUUUCCUCAUUUUUAUUGCCAAAGUGUUAGUUAUGUACAUGUUCAUGCAUACCCCUAAGAUUAAGAGAGCAUGUUGCUGAUGAAAAGGGAUUAUUUAACCUUUUUACAACUGUGUUUGUGAUUGAAUGUAAAAUACACUUAAAUGUUAUAUAAAAUGCAAAACACAUGGCUUUCUUUUUGUGUUUAUUGUUGCAAGCUUCAUUAUUAACUGUACAUACUUAUUUAAUCAGUCCUGAUAAAAUAGGUUUGUCAAUCACCAUCCCCACAAUGUGAAUCAGUGGUAAAUGCCAAAUAGAAUCCUUGUCCAUGAUAACUUGUGAGUAUCUAGUGCACUGGUUUUUGAGUUUGCUUUGUUCUUUUUCCCUUCUUAAUUGUAGUGUAAGGAAUGGGGUUUCCUUUUGAAAGAUAUUUUUGGAAGCAGCCUUGGAACUGGGGAUUACGGGCACUUGCUAAUUGACCAUGCCCCCAUGCUUAUGAGACGCUUUUUGUCAAUGACUGAGUUUAGUCAGCAGGGAUUUGAAGCAUCCCAUAAGGACCAGCGUCAGCUUUGGCUUAAAGCCACAAGCCAUGAUCAGCAUGGGGAAGCCUCAUCAAGUAAGUGUAAAUAGUAACCAAUACUGAUAAUGAAUUGGCAGUUGUUGAAAGGGUGUGUGUUUCUGUUUGACUGUGAAAAAAAGACAGUGCAAGGAAGGUAAUGUAUUUAAUGAGAAUAUGGACCCUGAUUGUGUAGGAAACCAAUUAAAGUGGCCAUUUAUUUCUAAGUUAGAUAUUGAUUUCCAUUGAAUUACAGUUGAACAAAUGCUGGUGCACUUUUAUGCAGAACGGAUGUUGUUUUUUCGUCUAUCUCUCCGAGAAGCCUUAAAGUCAAUUCAUGGUAAGCAUUAAUUUAUUGUGCAUUCUUGCCCUCACUGACACUACUCCUGCUUUUCUUGAAAUAGAAGCUAAUUGGCUUUGAAUAAACUCGUGAAUUCUCCAAAAAAUGCUUUGGUUCUUGCCCAAUGCCCUAUCAUAAUCUCAAAAACUUCAUAACUUAGAAACUGUAGAAGUUGCCAAAAUAAGAUUAAUCUAUACUCUGUUUGGAUGGAACUGUUAAAAAAAAAAAAAAAAAAAGGAACAAGAAUAGAAAGUAUAAUCCAAAAAAGUACCAUCAACUUGAUUGAAAGGUAGGGUUAUCUUUAUUAAUUACUUGUUAUCUUUAUUGAUGUGUGAUGUGUGGCUUGGAGUAUAGCAGUUAUUUUCAUAAAGUAGCUUCAUUCUUGGUCUGCUCGGGAUUCACAAUACAUUCAGAAUUCUCUCAUGCACUUUGCAAAAGUUUAACUGGCUCCUCUGUUCUCCUUUUUUUUUUUUUACUUUUUCAUUGAACAGUUAUUAAUUUAAACAAUUCAUUGGUUUGCACUUCACCAAACUUUUGUAAAUAUAGAGAGUUUUCUCUCAUUACAGGAAAGACAUUGGAAAAUCAGAACACUUUUCAAUUCUACUUUUCUGGCUGUGGUUGGAAAGCAAAGUCCAUUUCCUGGGACUCAGGUGAUAUCCUCUGGAUCAAACUUUUGGACAAACUCAUGUUCAUGAUGUUUGGGGAGGAUUUCUUCGAGUAUGUAUUUGAUGAGAAAAGAACAUGCCAUGUGCAUGAUGGUUUCAAGCCACAGUUUGUUUACAACAGACAUGAAUGGAAUUGUGAAUAUGAAAAUAUGAUUUCCAAUUCCUUUGGCUUUACCAGCAAAAUGCAAGGUAAGUCAGACAUCAUAUGGUGGGGUAGGUUUAUUUAUUGAGCCAAUAAUACCCAGCUCUAUUCUAUUCCUAUCUGUUCAUUGGCCUAUUUUGCUUAAGGUUGAAAUGUAGCUUUUUAUGUCCAUCACAGGUGACCUGAAAGUGUUCCAGCAGCAGAAAAUGCCCAGCAAAUUUUCAAAGGCAAUUCAAAAUCAACCAGAGAUUGCAAAAGGUAAAACCAAAAUACUCUGAACACAGAUACAGUAUGUUUGCACUGCUGAUCUUUAGUCACUGGUUUAAAACUGUAAUAUACUUUUAUGAGCUAUGGGGAAAUUCUUUUUGCACUAAUGGACAUGUAGUAACGCAAAGGCAUUAGACCCAUCACUCUCAUAGUGCCACUGUAGCUCUAAAGGGAUCAAGGUUCAAGCAAAUUUUGAAAAAAAAUGUCUUAGUGGUAUAUUUCCAGGAAAAAUCAAGAGAGUGUAUUGAUAGCAUUGUUUUGGCUCUUCUGGUUUAAAGGUCACUGAUGUAUGAGUCUGUAGAAUGUGUUUGUGUUUGAUAAACACAUCUGCACGUGUGUUUACUAAAAUGAUACAAAACCAACAAAAUUUUAAUACUUUUACAGUACACUAGUGUGAUCAUAAACAUGGCUGUCACUUAUGUCAUAGAUAGAAUAAGUUUGGUGCUACUCCUAUUUCUCACUUACUAAGAGAAAACUAUCUCAGGUUUUUUUCGUUAUUUAACUAUUUUUCCAAGCUCCUGCAAAACCUCACACUCAACUACAUCACCUUCCCUCCACUUAGCUUAGUUGGCACUUUGAAACUCCAAUGCGCUCUUGCUCUGUCUUGAAAGCAAUUUACAUAUACACUUUGAUAUGUAAUACUGUAGGUGCAAGCCACAAAAAUGAUGUCCUACUUGUAGAUGAACAUCUCCAUCAAACACCAUCCAAUGUUGCUGGCAAAGAAAAUACUUCGACUGAUCAAGACAGGUAUCUUUUUAAAAAUGGUCUGUUUUGAAAUCAAGUUACACCAACAAUGGUCAAUACGCUGUUGUUUUCAUGGUCUAAUGUACUUUUAUCAUGGGGUAUUAACUUCCUUUUUUUCAGUUUUAAAGUUUUCUUGCUUUUGUUUGAGACUAUGCUAUUUAUAAAUAUUAUUUAAUUUUCAUUUGUUUUCAUGAUUCCAGGGUAAUAGCUGUGUUUCCACUACCACCAGCAGUAGCAAAAAUCCAGGUCUUACAGAUGGACCUUGCCACAUUGAAGGAUGGGAUGGAAGUCAAUGAUUCCAUUGUUGACUUUUUUCUUAUGUAAGUAAUAUAUCAAUGUAAGAAUAUCACUGUACUUGAUUUAGUGAGAACCUGCAAAUGUAGCUGUUUUUUUUUCUUUUUAAUGUGUCCUCAGGUAAAUGUAAAACAUCACAAAUAAUUUAUUAUUAUUCUUUUCCUUCAAUUUUUUGGCUAAAAUUUUGCCCUAUAUUAAAGGGGUUGCUGAUGCAAAGAGCUCAUACUUCAUCCUCUUUAAAAUCCACCAUUGUGCUAAUCAAUUGAUUAAUGGCAGUGAAAAAUUGCUCUCCAAAUUUAAUCAUCUUUCUGUUUUUAAUAGGUACAUAUCCCAAUCAUUGGACCAGGAUUUGCAUGACAGCAUUCAUGUGUUUAGCUCCUUUUUUUACACUAAGCUGUCAACUAGAGUUCAGAUUGGAGAAAUCUUUGUCUUGCCUAGGUAAUUAAUUGUUUUCUUUGCACUUAGAUUUAAACACUUAAAGCAGUGUCAUCUCUGGUCCUGCAAAAAAUAGCUCUUGUAUUAAUUGUUGGUAAGCUGAACCAUCCUAAUGAUAUACAUGUACCCAAUAUGGUUGGUUUUCUUCGAAGUACAUUAAUAAAGACAAUAUUAUUUUUUAUAAUUAUUAUACAUGUUUCUCCUACGUGCUGAUGGUCUUUAAUAAUUAUUUGCCUCUCUAUGCAUCUUUCAGUCCUGAUGAAAGAUAUGUCGAAGCAUCUAAGUUUACAAGGAGAGUGGACAUUUUCAAAAAGAAGUUUAUUUUCAUUCCAGUAUGUAGAAGGUAUUAAAAAGUUCAUGAUAAUUAUUAUUAUUGCUUAUUUUAUAUCUAUCUCUCUCUAUGUUAUUUUGGUAUUAUGCUGCAAUAAUGAUUUUAUUAACUAUUUUUCUCUGCAAACACCAUUGUCAUAAUAUAAACAGUGCCACUGUUUGUUUUAUUUUUAGUGGGCAUUGGUUCCUAUCUCUGAUAUAUAAUCUACCAACACUCACAAGCAGAAGAAGAAAGGAUGAUGGCUGUGCUGUGUAAGCUUUAGCAGAAACAUUGUCUUUAAGCCUUUCUAAAAAUAGAAAAAAGUAUGCUCAAGUCAUCUAAUGAUGUUUGAUCUAAAAUGCAUUGAGGGCUUCGUGUUGUAGCAAUAACUUUGUUGAAUGGUGAAGUUGAGGAUUUUGACUAAUUCUUGUUGGGAAAAGACACCAACUGAAGAGAAAAUUAAUAUUGCAGUGGAAUCUUCUUUUUAGAGUUCCAAUUCUGAUGAUUGACUCCAUUGUUUAUGGCUCAGAUAGAAAGAACUUCACUUGUUCUCCCUCCUCACGAGAACAAGAAGCAAACAUUAUCAGAAGGUAUGCACUAUACUAUUUUCAUUUUUUUUUAAACACCAGACACCUCCUGCAGUACAGCAACUGUAUCAUUUGUUUGUUUUUAGUUUUAUAGAAUGUGAGUGGAAGGCUAAAAUGAAUGAAUGUCCAAGUCCACACUUUACUUCCAAGACUAUGCCUGUCCUCUAUCCCAAGGUAUUAAAAUCUUUAGUCUUCUUCUUAAGGGUUGUCAUUUCAAGUUGCAUUUUUCAGGGGAAAAUUAAUGCUAAAGUAUCUAAAUGUAGAUAGGAAACACUAUCUUGUACUGAGGCUGACUGAAGUACUGAAAAAAUUGGAUAGUAUUACGAUGGUGGUGAAUGUUUGGUUAUACAGCUUGUCUUUUUGUCAUUUACUGCGAAUUAGCAGAAUAAAAUCCAAACAUAGAUAUCUGGUGCAUUAAAUAUAAACUUAUUGGUAAUUCUAUAAAGAAUAAUUCAUGUCUACUGAAAUCAGUUAAAGCAACCCAAUAACCAUUGUCAGACUGUAAUUCCAGAGGUGUGAGAAACAUUUAGAGACCACUGUAGUUGUGAUAGUAAUAUUUAAAAAGACAGAUGGAUAGAUAACGGCAUUCUUGAACCCUUAGGUACCUCAGCAAGAAAACGGGUAUGAUUGCGGAGUAUUUGUUAUGCUGUUCUUCGAAGAAUUCUCAAGGCGAAAGGUUAGGAUAAGGUUAUAAACAUUUUAAAACAUAAUUUCCAUCUCAGCUGAGCAAGACAAUGAUUCUCUGUUUGUUUUCUCCCUUUUAGUUUCCAGUAAGCGAGCUUCUUUCAGACAAAAUUCUCCAGUGGUAUAACCAAGCUUCAGCAUUUCAUUUGAGAGAGAGAGUCACAGACAUCCUUUUGGCUACGGGAGCUAGAAUAUGA